AUGAUCCUUUUAGAAGCCCAAACGCAUGUUUUUUUUAUACGCGAGGAGAAUUUAAUUAGUUGUAUUCUUUCUUGCAAGCGAAAUCGAAGAAAAGCAAUGGCGAGGCGAUCACAUCUGAUGGAGAUCGGGUGCAUCGCCUGCGACGAGCUGUCGGAAGUCGGCGCAGGCGAGAGAGAGGGGUGGCUCGAUGAUCCCUCCCUCCUCGCCGCUCUCCACCACCACUCCCUCGCUCUUGCCUCCGCCACUCGCCCGAUUGCCCUAGUCCUUGGUUGGGACCACGAUCAUCGAUUCUCCUCCUCCGCUGUCCGAGACCCAAUCAAGAUUCACCCGGUGUUGUCUCCAUACGAAGGCCGUAUUACCGCCCUCGAGUGGCUUCCCUUCGGUGACGUCCUCGCUCUGGCACUCGGCACCUCUGCCGGACUCCUCCUCAUCUUCUCUGUUGGAGGCGAUCUGAUCCACAAGCAGCUUGUUCAUACUGGGCAUAUAUUGAGGCUUAGAUUUCGCCAAACUGCAAAAGCAGAUGGAAUUGGGGAAGGCUCCAUUUCUGAGGAACUUUGUGUGGUAUUGCCUGGCGUGGUUGCCCGCUUUGAUGGUUCGGAUAUACAGAGUUUACUUCAUAGAUGGUUUCAAAAGUCCGAAACAGGAAUGUGGGAGAAUAGCCUUAAUAAAUUGGAGUCAGAGGAUGAUGAAACUUCAUAUGGGAGGAUACCUUUUCAGGUUUGGAAUGUUGGCAAGUUUGGAAGUUGUGUUGAUGCAGCUAUCACAAGCAUAAUGCCACCGCCACUCUUGGAGCUCCAGUCAAGUCAGCGUUUCUAUUGUGCGAUUACCAUUGGGAAUGAUUCUGUGAUUUCUGCAUAUAGGCUUUCAGAGGAUAGGAGUAGAUCUUUAGUUGGAACAAUCCUCUCGAAGGUUGUCCCUGUUACAUUCUCAACCAUUGCAUCAUUUUCAAAAUUGAUAUGGCGAAAUGAGUCUAAUGCAACAAGGAAGUCCCGCCCAACACCUCAGUCAUUUGCUAAAGCAUCUCCUUUAACUUGUCUUAAAGAUACACGAAGGAAGGGAGAGAAACUCACAUUGUCUCCAAGUGGUACCUUGGCUGCAAUAACAGAUUCUCUAGGAAGAAUUCUGUUACUAGAUACUCAGGCACUUGUAGUUGUGCGACUGUGGAAGGGAUAUCGCGAUGCUUGCUGUCUUUUUGUUGAGACGCUAGUAAGCAAAGAUAGAGCAUCAUCGAGUUCCAGUAAUUAUGAAUAUACAAAAGGCGACUAUUGUUUGUGUUUAGCAAUUCAUGCACCUCGCAAAGGGAUAAUUGAGAUUUGGAAGAUGCGAACUGGGCCUCGCCUUCUAACAGUCCCUUGCCCUAAAGGAAGCAAAAUUCUUCAGCCAUCCAUUAGGUCUGGAUCCUCGUCCCAAUCGCCAUAUAUUCCCUUGGAAGUUUUUGUACUCAACGGAGAUUCUGGACAAAUAUCUGUUCUAAACCGAUCACUUUCUUGAUAUUGGUAAGAGACUCGAUACAGUUCUGAGCACUUUUUUAAUCUCCAUUUACUGGUAUUUGUUGUGCAUUUUGUAUAUUUCAAGCACAAAUUCAACCUUAUUCAAAUAAUACUUUUUGUC